AUCUUGGCAGUGUGAGUCCUCAGAGGCAUUAGUAACUGGAAGUGAGGAUUCUGUGGUACAGAAAGUGCUGCUACUUCCCUGAAGGGGCUAUGAAAGGUGUCUGGUCUGGAUUCUUCCAUGUUUUCUGUGGACAUGCUGUAGUUCUCAAAAUGUGUGUGAAGAACCACCCGACAUUGAUUUUGCAGAAAUUAUAAGUGAUGAGAGAGUUGCAUAUCAGGAAAGCAACAGAGUGCGAUACAGGUGCAACCCUGGCUAUACUUUGGAAGGGUCUGAAUGGAUAACAUGUCAUCAACUGAAGUGGACACCUCCACCAAAGUGUUUGGCUCCCUGCAGUAUCUCAAAACAACAGCUGGAUACCCAAAACCUGCUUUUGGCUCGUGGCCGAAGACAUUCACUAGUGAUUCAAAAUAAUAAUAAAAUGGAAUUUCUGUGCAGAAAAGGAUAUGUCCUGACAACUCCUUCAGUUGCAAAAUGUGUUGAUGGUCACAUCAAUUUGCCCUCAUGUAUCUCUGAAAGAGGAAUGAACUGCAGUCUUCCACCUACCAUUCGGAAUGGAGACAUUAUUACCUUAAAUCAGAAACAGUACACAGCUGGCUCUUGGGUAGAAUUCAAAUGCCAACGGGAUUAUGCCAUGGAAGGACAUAACAGAUCAUUUUGCGACAAUGGAAACUGGACCAAAGUACCUGUUUGCCUAGAACCCUGUACAAUCUCAAUGGCAGACAUAGAAAGCCAGAAGUUAGAGGUAAAAGGGAGUCCACCUGAGACUACAUCUGCAAAUCUGUACCUUCCACGUGGUGAUUCUGUUGAGCUUGGCUGUAAAUCAGGAUAUGUCCCUGCAACACAUCUUUCCCAAUCUGCUUUUAUAAUUCAGUGCAAUGGCGGGUCAGUUUUGUAUCCUGAAUGCAAAGAAAUUGUAUGCAGCCUUCCAGAAGUAGGUAAUGGCCGCUUCCAUCCUCAGCAGGAUCAGUACAGGUAUGAAGAUACAGUGGAAAUACAGUGUGACCGUGGGUAUCGGCUUGAGCAUGGUGCAGACAAUUCCACAUGCACAGAAAAUGGCUGGUCACCUUCUCCAAGAUGUGUACCAAAACCCUGUGACUAUGUCAAGAUAGCGAAUGGAAGGCUGUCUUCCGAUUACGGAGGCCGCUACUUUCCGAAACGCUUGGGAGGAACAAUUUACUUCAGAUGCAAUGACGGAUUUCUGCCAGCAGGUGGAAGCGAUGGAUAUGGAUGGAUACUUUCCACAUGCACGAAAUUGGGCUGGGAUCCAGAACCAGAAUGCUUGAAAACAUGUCGUGUAACUAGAACUGAUGUGCCACAUGGUCGUUUCAUUCAACCUUAUCACCGUCAGAAUCAACCAUACAGAGAAGGUGAAGAAAUUUCAUUUUCUUGUUAUGAGGGAUAUUAUCCUGAAAAUCCAGAAGCAAAAGCGAGAUGCACAAAAAAUGGCUGGACACCCACUCCACGAUGUGCUGAAACACCAGCCUGCAAACUUGUUGACCCACCACAUGGUUAUUUCUAUGAAAGGCAGCGUAAGUUUGCUCUUAAUGAAAGAGCAACAUAUGGCUGUGAGAGUGGGUACACUACUCCACAAGGACUUGAGAGGCAAGAGACAAAAUGUCUUGAAGAAGGAUGGACACCAGAGCCAAAAUGUAUCAUCAACAGACAGGCACAGCCAGGAGGGAACACGCGUAGAAUGUGGAGGACGCACACAAGACAGCAACACUCCACAAGUGGAGCAGCAAGGCUUGGCAUGUUGUUGUUGCCCCCUCCUAGCCCACACAGCUUUGAAGAGUAAUGGAUGAUGAUGGAAGAUAAGAAGAGAAUGGCAGCACGCACGUGUCUCUGGACAUUUCUUUUCCGCAACCUGUCUGACUCUGUGGCAUGUGAUCACUGCAUCUAUGUAUGGGCAAGCAUUGCAAUCUUCAAAUAAAAUGCUGUCAAUCAACUCUCAAA